AUGUCUGCAGAACAACCCGCUGAAACUGCCUCCGCUGGUAAUCCUCUGGCUGAUCGCAUCACCACGGCCGAUGGAUCGAAACCUGAAGGAACUACUGAAACGACCGACAAUGAGCAGGCCGAUGGCGCUGCCACACAGUUGGGCGGCUCCGAACUUAACGAGCCUGAAUAUACGGUCGAAGUCAAACUGAGCGAUCUUCAGGCGGAUCCUAACAACCCUCUUUUUUCCGUGAAGAGCUUUGAGGACCUUGGACUGGACAAUCGCAUCUUGCAAGGACUGUCCGCCAUGAACUUCCGCAAACCUUCAAAGAUUCAAGAAAGAGCGCUCCCAUUGCUCUUGAACAACCCUCCUAAGAACCUGGUCGGCCAGUCCCAGUCGGGUACCGGAAAGACAGCUGCGUUUGUCCUCAAUGUCCUUAGCCGUUUAGACCUGUCAACAGAACAGGCGCAAAAGACGCCCCAGGCUCUGAUCUUGGCUCCAACUCGAGAGCUGGCCCGUCAGAUUGUUGGCGUCGUCCAGGUUAUGGGCCAGUUCCUGGACGGUCUUUCCAUCUCAACAGCCGUUCCUGCAGACACUAACAGUCGCCAUUCGAAAAUUGAGUCCUCCGUUGUCGUUGGUACUCCAGGAACAGUCAUGGAUAUGAUCAAGAAGCGUAUCAUGGUUGCGAAUAAACUCAAGGUUCUCGUUUUGGAUGAGGCAGAUAACAUGCUCGACCAACAAGGUUUGGGCGACCAGUGUAUUCGUGUCAAGGCAUUGCUGCCAAAGGAUAUCCAAGUCGUUCUUUUCUCCGCCACCUUCCCCACCCACGUUCACCAAUAUGCGUCCAAAUUCGCCCCGCAGGCCAACGAAAUUACACUGCAGCACGAAGAGCUGACCGUCGAGGGUAUCAAGCAGCUUUAUCUUGACUGUUCCGACGAGGAGGAUAAGUAUAAGACUCUUGUUCAACUCUACGGUCUUCUUACCGUCGCUUCCUCUAUCAUUUUUGUUAAGACACGAGCAUCCGCCGUCGAGAUUGAGAAGCGCAUGGUCGCUGAAGGUCAUACUGUUGCGUCUUUGACCGGUGGUAUUGAAGGCUCUCAGCGUGACGCUGUCAUUGACCAAUUCCGUGCUGGCCAGGCUAAGGUGUUGAUUACGACCAACGUGCUUGCCAGAGGUAUUGAUGUCUCUACGGUGUCCAUGGUCAUUAACUAUGAUAUUCCCGAGAUUCACCAACCUGGCGCACGGGAACGCCAGGCGGACUUCCAGACCUACCUGCACCGUAUCGGACGAACCGGACGGUUCGGUCGUGUCGGCGUCUCGAUCUCCUUCGUUUCCAACCGGGAGGAGUGGAAUAUGCUCAACCAGAUCCAACAGUACUUUAACUGCACUAUCCAGCGGGUCGAUACGAAGGACUGGGACGAAGUGGAGGAUAUCAUCAAGAAGACUAUCAAGAACACCCGUGCGCAGGCCCAGUUCGGGCGGUAA